AUGUCGGGCGACAAGGAGAUCAUGGCCCACGAGGUCGGCCUCGAUGGCAGUUCUCAGGAUGAUCGUGACAUGGAGCGUCUGGGCAAAGUCCAGCAACUCAAGAGAAAUUUCCGCUUCUACUCCAUUCUGGGGUUCACGACCACGUUGAUGGCAACGUGGGAGUCGAUUCUGCUGACCGCAACCUAUGGGUUAAUCAAUGGGGGCCGAGCCGGCAUGGUCUAUGUCUAUAUCGGCUCCUUUGUGGGAUUUUUCGCGUCCGUCGUCUCGAUGGCCGAGAUUUCAUCUGUUUCUCCAACAUCAGGAGGUCAAUACCACUGGGUCAGUGAAUUUGCAGCGCCUCGCUGGCAACGAUUCCUGAGUUACCUUACCGGGUGGCUCUCCGUUCUGGGAUGGCAAGCCGCGUUUGCCAGUAUUUGCUUCCUCUGCGGGACUUUGAUUCAGGGCCUUCUCGUCUUCAACUAUUCCGACCCCAGCGGAUACGUUUACGGCUAUGAGCGAUGGCACGGAACUCUCUUGACGAUAGCAAUCGCCGCCAUCGGAACCCUGGUCAACACCUAUGGUGCCAAAUUCUUGCCCUCUUUGGAAGGGGUGAUUCUGUGUCUUCACCUGUUUGGUUUUGUCGCCGUUUUGGUGCCCAUGUGGGCUAUGUCUCCCGGCCAGGCUCCAUCUUCGGAAGUAUGGACGGUCUUUUCAAACGACGGCGGCUGGAUGAGCAUGGGGCUGGCAUGUCUGGUCGGCCAGUUGACCCCUAUCUUCUCGUGGACGGGGCCCGACGCCGCCACGCAUAUGGCCGAGGAGGUUCAAAACGCCGCUUUUGUUGUGCCCUGGUGCAUGGUCUCGACCGCCCUGAUCAAUGGUGGUCUCGGAUUCAUCAUGCUGGUCACGCUUCUCUACAACAUGGGUGACAUUGAAGCGGUGAUCAACUCCGCCAGUGGGUUCGGCUUCAUUCCUGCCGUGCAGCACGCUACUGGCUCCGUUGCCGCCACCAACGGCGUGGCUGCCAUCAUCCUCGUCAUGGAGGUGUGCAGUGCGAUCGGUAUUCUGGCCACCGCCUCCCGACAGACCUUCGCCUUUGCUCGCGACCACGCUCUCCCCUUCUCUGGCGCCUUGGCGCGCGUCGACCGUCGCACCCAGAUCCCCACCAUCUCCGUCCUGGUGUCGACCAUCAUCACCGUCCUUCUCAGUCUGAUCAACAUCGGCUCCACGGCCGCCUUCAACGCCAUCGCCUCGGUCAUGAUCGCCGCCCUGUUCACGACGUACAUCCUCUCCAUCGCGUCCUUUAUCCGCGCUCGUUACCAGCCCGGUGGAAUGCCUUCGUCUCGCUUCUCUCUGGGAUCACUGGGUCUGCCCAUCAACGUCUUUUCCGUCGCGUAUCUCUGCUUCGCGAUCAUUUUCACCUUCUUCCCGACCAUCGCCAAUCCGAACCUCGUCAGUAUGAACUGGUCGAUCCUUGUCUUUGGGGUUGUUGUCAUCUUUGCCAUUGUGCAGUAUCUCGUGCACGGGUCUCGGGUCUACCAGGCCCCCGUGACGCAAGUACGACAUCAGGCGCGCGCAAACCGGGAGUGUGUCGCCACCGGGGUAUAA